AUGUCGUCGACGCGCAAAUCUUUGUUGGCGUCGUCACAAGUUGUUCGUAUGGCCAGCACGCAUUCCGCGACCGCUGCUGCAGCCAAGCACGACGACCACGGCGAUCAUGGUGCCCAUCACGGACACGAAGACCACUACGAUCCCCCUGGUGGUUGGCUUUGGGGCGAGAGACCGGGAGAUAAAUAUGAAAAGGAGGGGUGGGAGCCGUUCGCGUGGUUCUUUGUCGCGGCUUGGGUGGUUGCUGUGGCGGCCUAUACUAUGAAGGAAGAUACUUCGAUACAAACAUGGGCGCUCGAAGAGGCCAGAAGACGACUUGAAAAGGAAGGCUUUUACGACGAGUCGAAAUAGAAAGGAAAGAGAAGAUGUGGUCCGU